ACUUUUAUUGUGAAACGCGCCUUCAUGUUCCGGUCUGUUGCUGUGAUGGAGACGCGCCUCGGAUUUUAAACUUUCUGUUUGAAAUAUAGAAAAUCCUCUGAAAUCAUUAAAUAUCCGAGAGCUGAAGCUGUACGAUCACACAAUGAUUUUAAAACUGAUUUUUAAAUGAGGCCGUGGGAUCCGAGAGCAGGUUAGGAUUAAACUAAUCGCGUUAAAUAAUCAGCUAUUAUUAUUAAAACGAUUGUACUUUAUAAUUAACAAGCGCGACACUCACUGUUUAACUUUGUGUUUACUGAUGAUUUGUUUUCAUAUAGUUUUGUAUAGUCUUUUAAUUUAUUCGUUCAGGCUUGUAUUUUAAUUAGACCGAUCUUAACUAAAGCCCUUUUUAUAUGUUUUGACAUGGUUAUUAUUAUCAAAGAACAGCGAUUCGACCGUGUUUCUGAGGUGAACACAAACCGCUCGCUGUCGAUAUUAUGAAGGGUGAAUUUAAUAAGCAGUUAUUUUAUCGGUAAUAACGUUAUUUGCGCGAUGUGGUGUGUUUGUGAAGUUUUAAUUUGAAGUAAUUUAGUGAAAUCAAUUGAAGGCCAGUAACCGCUCUAGUGCGCGCUCCUGUCACGCCGCCGUCACCAUGACGACCACGGGGCUGCGCAUCGGAGAUCAACUGGUGCUGGAGGAAGACUAUGAUGAGAACUACAUCCCUUCAGAGCAAGAGAUCCAUGAGUACGCGGUGGAGAUCGGUAUCGACCCCGAGCGUGAGCCUGAGCUGCUGUGGUUGGCCAGAGAGGGGAUGGUGGCACCGCUGCCGACCGAGUGGAAACCAUGUCAGGACGUCACCGGUGAGGUGUACUACUUUAACUUCUCCACCGGUCAGUCCACCUGGGAUCAUCCGUGUGAUGAACACUACAGACAGCUGGUGGAGCAGGAGCGCGAGCGCAACCAACACGCCACAGCCCCCAGCGCCCUGAAGAGAGACAAGGACAAGAAGAAGAAGAAGGACAAGAAAGACAAGAAGAAGGACAAGAAGAAGGAGCUGGAGGAAGUCAGAGCUCCAGGGGUGCUGGCUCCUCUCGCUCCUCUCCGUGCUCUCUCUGACGCUCCUGUCGCUCCUCUCAGAGGAUCUGGACUCCAGCCGCUCAAAACCUCUCUCAGGGCUGCUGCUGUCAGGAGCGUUCAGGAGGAGAGGAGCGCUGAGGAAGACGAGGAGAUCUCUGAGGAAGAGAGGCCGAGGGACUCAGCCGGACUCCUGCAGAACCUCCAUCUAGAUCUGGACGCUCUGGGAGCAGGACUGCAGUACGAGGACAGUGAGGUCAGUGUGACGGUUCCUCCUGAAGAAAGAACAGAACCUGAACUACAGGAUUUGGCCCUGUCCAGAGAUCACACUCCAGAAGCUCCUUCAGAGGACUCGUUGCGUGGACAUCACCUUUGUUCCACAGCAGCUUCACGACCUCUGACCCCGGAUGCUGCGGCAUCCAUCGGCCGAGAGGAAGACGAGCAGAAACAGACAGAUGAGGAAGAGACUGAGGAUGAUGAACAGAUUGAGAGAUUUAACAGUCCUGAAGAGAAGCAGAAGGACCAGACGGAGCUAGAAGAAGAGAGUAAAGAUGAAGAAAACAGACAGAUCAGAGAUGAAGAGACCGAGGACCAAAGACACAGGGAGGAAGAGAGUGAUGAGAUCAGUGAGCAGAUUGAGAGAUUUAACAGUCCUGAGGAGGAGGAGAGGACCGGAGAAGAGAAAGAUCAGGCCGGGAGGAAAGAUGAAGGAAACGUGGGAGAGCUGAUUGAACGAGAAGAACUAGAUGAAACGCACAGACAGGACGGUAGAACUGAACACAGAGAAGACGAGGCUGUGAGAAGUGUGUCCUGUGAGGAAGAGGAGGAGAGUGUUUCUGAGCAUGAGGAAGAGCGGAGAGAGAGAGCAGAGGUGUGUGAGAUCGAACACUUUCAGAAUAACCGCUCUCGUCCUCCAAUCACACGCAGUAAAGCAGGGAAGUCUCUGCCUCAGUGGAAUCCAGUGUCCAGUGAGGAGUCUGAGGAUGGAGGAGCAGCUGCGUCGCUCUCAUCCGCUGAUAAUGUACAGGCUGGUUUCCGCUCCAAACUCUCAGAGAAUGUGUUUGAUCUGCUGGAUCUGUCACCUGCAGUGGACAGGAAGGAAGUGAAGGGUGAGGCAGAUGUGGACCGCUGUGUGGACGUCUCUGAUUCUGCAGACCGACGUCUGCUUGAAAACGUGAUGUUAGCUGAGACGCCGCCGUCACGCUACGCUGCCUCCACAUCCGCCGAUGACAUCAUCAGCACCUCAUCACAUGACCAGAGACCUCCGCCCUCUCGCAGCAGAACCGACACCACUGACCGAGAGAAACGAGAACGAGAAGGGGACGAGAGAAGAGACAAGAAGAGAGGGAGAAAGAGGAGAGGAAGAGACGAGAAGAGAGGGAGGAAGCGGAGAGGAAGAGACGAGAAGAUGGAAGAAGAGGAUAGGAAGAGACGGGAACGAGAGGGGGAUGAGAGGAAGAGACGAGAAGAGAGGGAUGAAGAGGAGAGGAAGAGACUGGAAGAGAGGGAGGAAGCGGAGAGGAAGAGACGAGAAGUGAUGGAAGAAGAGGAUAGGAAGAGACGGGAACGAGAAGGGGACGAGAGGAAGAGAUGUGAAGAAAUGGAGGAAGAGGAGAGGAGACGGGAAGAGGAGAGGAAGAGACUGGAGGAGGAUGCAGAGAGACAGAUGGAGGAGGAGAGGGGCAGACUGAUGGAGGAGAUGCAGAGGAGACUGCAGCUGCUCAGAGACGCUCUGAUGAAGGAUGAGGAGGAAGAGGAGCGCCGGAUGAAGGAGGAGAGCGCAGAGCAGCUCAGGGUUCUGAAGGAGCAGAUACUCAAACAGAGACGAGACGAGGAGGAGCGGAUGAACAAGGAAAUGCACAACCAACUACAACGGAUUAGGCUUGAGAAUGAGGUGAAGCUGCAGGAGCUGCGUUCAGAGCUGGAGGCGGAGCAGGAGAGGGUGGAGACUCAGAGGAGGAGGGACCUGGAGUGCCUGAGGGAGGAGUCAGAGGAGGAGCUCCGGGCAGAGAGGAGGCGGCUACAAGAGAAGAAGGAGGAGCAGCUGACCUCCAUCAGACUACAGGCUAAACUGAGUGACACACAGAAGGAUUUGAGGAGGACACGACCAGAACAACCUUUAGUAGAGUACCAGAGAGAGCUCACAGAUGUGCUGCAGGAAGUCCGUGAGGAAGUCGAGAGAGAUCACAGGAGGAAACUAGAACAGCUGAAGGAGGAACAUCAACAGGAGCUACAGAACCUGAGAGAGACACACCUGGAGCAGGAGAGCAGGGAGCGGGAGCGUCUGCUGGAUUCUCUUCAGAAGGAGAGAGACGCUGUGAUCUCCACACACACAACACAACUACACAAACUACAGCACACACUGGACACACAGCUGCAGGAGACACGCAGGACACACUCGCAGAAGGAGUCAGAGCUACAGGAGUGGAAGGAGAAGCUGGAGACACAAACCAAAGAACUUCACACUCAGGAGACUGAACUUCAGUCAAAGGCAUCAGAUCUGAGGAAGAGGAGACAGCAGCUGUGUGAGGAAGAGGAGGACCUUCAGAGAGGACUACAGUCUCUCCCUCUGCUGCUGAAGGAGCGUGACGAGCUGUGUGAGGAUCUGCGGAGAGAGAGACAGGAGCGAGAGCGACAGAGAGAGGAGAGCUGCAGGAUGAUGGAGGAGAGACAGCAGCUGGAGGAUAGAGUCACACUGCUGCAGGAGCGAUGUGAGCAGCUCACCUCCAGAGUCAGUGAACUGGAGCAGAGCAGCAGAGCGGAGCGACAUCAGCAGCAGGACGAGCAGAAGAAGAGCAAGAGAAAGACAGAGAAUGGUCUGCGUUUGGAGGAUCUGGAGGCUCCACUGCUGCGGUCAGACGCCAGCGACACCAGCGUAGACGACGUGAGGCGGUACAUGUGGAAUGAGAGCGUGUCUCUCUCCAGGGCUCGUCAGUUUCUGGAGCGGCAGAGCGUUCACGCUGUGGACAGACAGGCAGCGCUGCGGGCGGCUCACAGCGGUCUGAAGGACCCCACGCCUGGGAGCUCAACACAACAGCAGCUCUACCACACCCUGCAGCAGGAGGUGAGGGAUCUGGCUGAGCUGAGAGAGACGCUUCAGAAGGGUCAAACACUCCUGAAAGAAAAAGAGGAAAAACUCAAUCAACUAGAAACAUCACUGACUGACGAGGUGUCAUGUGAUGGUGCUGAAAGGUCAGCUGAUCGGAAAGUGACGUUUGAUGUGACCGAGUCAGAGAUGAGCAGUGUGUACAGCCCAGAGGGAACAGUUCCAGUGAAGGUGCAGCAGCUGGCCGACUCUCUGCAGCUGAUCUCAGGUCAGCUCAACUCUGUGUUAGGAGCUUUGGGUUCACUAACACACAAACAGACUCCGCCCCUUCUGACAACACCCCUGCUGCCCCGCCCCUCCUGGGCGUGGCCUACAACCCCCUCCCCCUCACUGGCCAACGGACUCUCACACAGAGCCACAGACUCACUGCAGACGCGCUGGAGCGGCCUGAGCUCAGAAACCAGCAGAGCGCACAUGACCUACUCAGGAUACACACCACCAAGUCUGUCGAGUCUGCGUCCAUCAGAGGUCGAGGGUCAGCGGCUGCAGGGUCUUAUUGAAGGAAACAAACGCUGGCUAGAGGCUCAACGGAAGAACCGCAACAUUCCUCUGUUCCCGGAGCUCAGGAGUGUGUCCAGCGGUGGAGGGUUAGUUCAGCUCAGCCUCGACGACAACAACCAGAUUAAAGUUCAUCAUUACUGAAGCAGCUUGAGCAAGCACACGCGUGUUUCUCAGGACAGCCGUGUUUGACCAAAACCAGAACAUUUUCAUUUCUAUAGCUGUGUGCAAUGUGUAGAUCUCAUUUUUUAAGGUAUUUUUGUAAUCUGUAAAUGAACUGAAUACUUUUAUACUGCA